CACCAGUGUUGUUAUGUCAAGGUUAGUGGGCUCUGCUGCACGACACACACUUUGUUAGGUUACUGGGAGAUCAGAGGGGGUUUGAGUCCUGAUCUAAUUAGUUGUAAAUGGUUACGGCAUAAAUCAAGGAAUUGAUAUAUUCUGCACUGGCAAAUUUAAUCUGAUCAACUCGGUAGUAGUAGCAACAGAUAAAUUAAGGCACGAAAAGUGAGCAACAUGUUUCCAGCUUGCAAGUUUACAUUACAAGCACGUCGGUGUCUGUGUUCUCUGAAGGCACUUCAGAAGGAACGCCUUCCAUCCCUGUUUUGUGCUACAAGAUGGACCUCUUCCUCCUCCACAACACCUCGCAUCACUUCACACUACACAAUUUAUCCACGGGACAAGGACCCACGAUGGGAAGGGAUGAACAUGGAGAGAUUUGCGGAUGAAGCUGAUGUAGUUAUAGUGGGAGCAGGUCCAGCUGGCCUGUCGGCUGCCAUCCGUCUCAAACAGUUGGCCAAUGAGCAGGGGAAAGAGCUUCGUGUGUGUGUGGUGGAGAAGGCCUCUCAGAUUGGAGCCCACACCCUGUCAGGAGCCUGUAUUGAGCCUAGUCCACUGCAGGAGCUCUUCCCAGACUGGAAGGAAAGAGGGGCUCCCCUUCAUACUCCUGUGACAGAAGAUAAGUUUGGCAUUUUAACAGAAAGGUACAGAAUCCCUGUGCCGAUAUUACCAGGUCUCCCAAUGAACAAUCAUGGGAACUACAUAGUGCGUCUAGGCCAUUUGGUCAGUUGGUUAGGAGAGCAAGCAGAAGAACUUGGGGUGGAGCUCUAUCCAGGGUAUGCUGCUGCUGAGGUCUUAUUCCAUGAAGAUGGCAGUGUAAAAGGGAUUGCUACAAACGAUCUUGGCAUUAGUAAAGAUGGGUCACCAAAGGACACAUUUGAAAGAGGGAUGGAGCUCCAUGCCAAAGUAACAAUAUUUGGUGAGGGUUGCCACGGACAUCUGGCAAAGCAGUUGUAUAAACAUUUCAACCUGAGGCAGCACUGUGAACCCCAGACGUAUGCUAUUGGACUGAAAGAGGUAUGGGUUAUUGAUGAGAAGAAGUGGAAGCCUGGCAGAGUUGAACACACAGUGGGUUGGCCUCUUGACAGACACUCGUAUGGAGGAUCUUUCUUGUAUCAUUUAAAUGAGGGGGAACCAUUGGUGGCUCUUGGUUUUGUGGUUGGCUUGGAUUACCAAAACCCAUAUAUGAACCCAUUCAGAGAAUUUCAAAGGUGGAAACACCAUCCAACUGUGUUGCCAACACUAGAAGGAGGAAAAAGAAUUGCAUACGGAGCUAGAGCACUAAAUGAAGGUGGCUUCCAGUCCUUGCCCAAACUGACUUUCCCUGGUGGCUUGCUGGUUGGUUGCAGUCCUGGUUUCAUGAACGUUCCAAAAAUUAAAGGCACUCACAGUGCUAUGAAGAGCGGGAUGAUGGCAGCAGAGAGUGUCUUCUCAAAGCUCACCAAUGAGAAUCUCCAGUCUGAGACAAAAGGACUCUGUGUCCCUGAAUAUGAAGAAAAUCUGAAAAACUCCUGGGUGUGGAAGGAGCUGUACUCUGUGAGGAAUAUCAGACCUUCCUGUCAUGGGUUAUUUGGAGUUUACGGUGGAAUGGUUUACACUGGUAUAUUUUAUUGGAUAUUCAGAGGAAAAGAGCCAUGGACAUUGAAACACAAAGGAUUGGAUUCUGAUCAACUGAAACCUGCCAAAGAUUGCAUGCCAAUCGAGUACCCAAAACCAGAUGGGAAGAUCAGCUUUGAUCUCCUUUCCUCUGUGGCUCUGAGUGGAACGAACCAUGAACACGACCAGCCCCCACACCUUACUUUGAAGAAUGACGAUAUUCCUGUGAACAAUAACCUUGCUAUAUAUGAUGGCCCAGAGCAACGGUUUUGUCCAGCUGGUGUGUAUGAAUAUGUUCCUAAAGAAACAGGAGAUGGUAUGAGGCUACAGAUCAAUGCACAGAAUUGUGUUCACUGCAAGACCUGCGACAUUAAGGACCCAAGUCAGAACAUCAACUGGGUGGUACCUGAAGGAGGUGGAGGCCCUGCUUACAAUGGGAUGUAAGCUCUACAGGGAGAAUGUUAGUUCUGAAAUAUUACACUGUAUGUCAAAAAUACAGGAUUGUAAAACUUACACUUUUCAACUUCAAUACGUGCUUGGUUACAGACUAAAUUUGCCAAUUUUGCUUUUGUGGUGGUUACUAUGUACAUUUAUGAUAUAACCAUAACUAGAUUAAUACAAAUGUCUAUUUAAAGACUCUGUCCGACAAGAGCUUUAAUAUAAUCAUUUGAAACAGAUCUACUAUUUUCUUAGUCAUAUACUGGAAUAUUCAUCGUAGGACUGGGCAUUGUAAAGUGGUACCAGGCAUGACCCAGGCUGCUUAUAAUCUUAAAUUUGUGGUUUAAAAAAAAUAUAGAUAAGCCUCUUUUUUAAAUCUGUAUAAUUUACAGAUUACUCAAAUUCAGGAUAUGCAGGAAUCACAAUCCACUCAUCAGCCCUACUAAUGGUUUGUUAAUAUUGCAGUGUUAUUUAAUGUUUUUGUUUCAAUAAAUAGUUUCAGUAUUUAAGACUGAAAUGUAUACUGUACAAUGUUAAACAUAAUUAUGCCUGACUGAUCAGUACACACAAUACAUGCUGUUUUUAAUUUGUGAGUAUACAGUGCAGUAUGUGUAAUAUAGUUGCACAUAAUUUAUAAUUGAAUAAAUCUCAAAUAAUUGCUCAAAAGAAAUCAAUUAUAAAAGCAUGUUUAUUAGAUAGAUGGUUUACAUUUAUUUGUUCUGAAUUUAACAAAGUAGUUUAAUCCAGAUGUAUUAGGAUAAGCUAUUCAAAUGUGCCAACAAUUUCAUGAUGCUGUACAAUGAACAUAUUUAAUUCUGAUUUACACUAACAAAGACUGCAAUUGAAAAGACCUCCCUAGUAUCUAUAGGAGUAUUCUCUUUAUUCAACAUACCGUAGGUAUCAAAGAAGGUACACAAGCUGACUGCAAAUGUUCUGUUUUUGAUUAACAAUUACAGUAAGGACUUUCACCUUCUGCCUUAGGAACACACAGUAUAGCAAGUCAAACCCAAUAAAUGUUUUGCAUAAAUUG